AUGUCUCAACUAGAAUCCCUAUUAUCAUGGGCAAAAGAACAAGGUGUCCAAGUUCAAAAAGGUGUUACGUUCCAAAAAACAAAUAGUGCAGGGUUAACAAUCUGUUAUGAAGGUGAUGAACCUUUAGACAAUAAGGAACCUGUUUUACAAAUUCCCGAACAUAUUACCAUCACUCCCAUACUUGCUGAUCGUGUAUUUGGUUCUGAAGUUGUUCCUAAGGGCAAUAGAACUCCUUUAACCCAGUUAUUAGUUGCAAAAUUAAGAUUUGAUCAAAGUGAUGAUACUAAAACUUUAGAUGAUGAUACUAAUGUUUCUAAAUUAUUGAAACCAUUUAUUGAAUUCUUACCAACAGGUCGUGAGAUUGGCUCACCAUUUUUUUGGAAUGAAAUGGAAAGAAGUUUAAUUAAAAACACUGAUGCAGAUUUAGCUAUUGAUGUUGGUCUUAAUAAAUUAGUUGAAGAAUGGUAUGAUAUUGUUACAAAAUUACCAAAGAAAUUUCAAUCAUAUCAAUACCAAAAAGAUUUAAAAUUUUUCCAUGAUUUCCAAAAAGAUAGAGAUGUCUCUAAGCAUUUUGAAUUCUUCAAUGAUGAUUCAGUUUCAUGGACAAGUUUUGCUGCUUAUUUAUGGUCAUCUACUAUCUUUACAUCAAGAGGAUUCCCAUUCUUGAUCUCUUCAACUGAUGAAUGUAGAGAUUUAAAUGAAGGUAUGUUAGUCCCCAUCCAAGAUUUAUCAAAUCAUAAUCCAAGUGUUGAAAUAAAAUGGGGUAGAUUAGAUAAAUUCAUGACAUUUACCACUGAACAAAUUGUUAAGAAAGGUGAUGAAAUUUUCAGUAAUUAUGGACCAAAAUCAAAUCAUGAAUUAUUAUUUGGGUAUGGAUUUGUUAUGGAUAAUAAUAUUUAUGAUAAAGCAGUAUUAGCACUUAGAUUACAAGAUGUUAAUAUUACAGAAGCUCAAAAAUUUGGGAUUAAGUUAAUUGGUGAUGAAGUUAGUUAUCCAAUUACGAAUGAAAACCCAUUACCUCAAGGUCUUAUUGAUUUAUUUGCAUUCUUGGUUAAGAAUGAUCAAGAGGAUUCUGUUACUUUAAGAAAUAGAUUGGAAGGUUUAGAUCAAUUACAAUCAAUUUUGGAACAAAAAAUUGAAUUUUUAAAAAAUUUAAAGAAUGAUGUUGGUAAAGAUGGAUUUAAGAUCAAUCCAUAUUUCUUAAAGGUUGCAAAGACUUAUAAGACAACUCAAAGAUUAUUAUUUCAAAAAUCCUUGGAGGAAAUUUCUAAAUUGAUUAAGAAUUUGUUGAAGCAGUAUAAACCAUUAUCAUUUAAAUCUGUGUUGAAGCAAGAUAAACCAUUUUCCAAAUCUUUAGAACAGUUAUUUGGUACUCAGAAUUAUGAACUUUUAGAUAAAUCUGAUAAUUUAGAUAAAUCAGUCUUAUUAUGGAUCACUAGAGUCUCCAAUAAAUCACAUUACCCAAAACCUGAACAAACUGUAUUGCCAACUUGGAUUGAAUCAAAAUUUCAAGAUUUACAGGGAACCAAUUUCUCGAAUGAUGAAUCAAUUUUAGAAGUUCAAGAAUUUUAUCAAGAUAUUUUCCCUAAACUAGGUAAAACCAUACCAGAAAUAUAUGGCACUGGUCAAUGGGAUUUUGAAAAAUUUAAAAUUGGGAAUAAAUUAAUUGAUUUAAUUAGUUUUACAAGAUCAAUUAGUAAUGAAAUUUUCUUUAUUAAUGAUAUCAAAUUAUAA